CUCAGGUGAACCUCACAGGAUGCUUUUUAGUUCUGUUCAAGUUGCAGUUUAUAGCUGGAGUUUCACCUUCGACCUAGAGCCUUUGUUUUAGUUAAGUGAGCUCAGAAUCUUGUGAAAGGAAGUUCUUACCAUGACUGUCGAACAGAUCAAGGACCAGAAUGGGAUGGUAAAAGCUAUGGAAGAAUCUGACGAUAAAAUUGUUCUGGUUGUAUUCUUUUCUCCUUAUUGUGGAUAUUGCAAAAGAUUAAUGCCUUAUAUUGAAGAGCUGUGCCCUCAGAUGCCUGAUAUAAAGUUCAAGAAAAUUGACAUCACCACUGCAAAAGAACUUCUGGAUAGUUUUGACAUCAAUGGUGUACCGGACAUCUUUUUCUACAAUAAACGCAGACCGAUAAAUAGAAUAAUAGGACCCAACAAAGAGAUGCUGUUGGACAAACUCACAGAAGUGAAGAACCAGAAAUGAUCAUCUAUCAGCAACAUUCCGAUACAGUAGUUUCACAACAAAAUUAAGGAUUUGGCUUUAAAAUGUUUAGAUCGUGAAAGACAUAGUAAUGUAAAGAUCUGCAAUAUUAAUUUAAAAUACAAAAAUAAACAUAAAAAACUUU